AUGAAAACUUUUGUAAUAAUCUGCGCCCUUGUGGCUUGCGUUGCAGCUGGUAGUGAAAAGCGCGAUAAGCGUGGUUUCCUAAGUGGUAUCCACUCAAUUGGAGGAUACGGUGGCGGGCUUGGCGGAUAUAGUGGCGGAUAUGGCGGAUAUAGUGGCGGAUAUGGCGGAUAUAGUGGCGGAUAUGGCGGAUAUAGUGGCGGAUAUGGCGGACAUAGUGGCGGAUAUGACGGAUAUUCUGCACCUGCCAAAGUCAUCUCAGUUAAGAAAGUGGUGAACACUCAUCAUAUAGUUGAUGUGCCCCAAGUUGUAAAAGUACGCAAAGUUGUAUCCGUACCUCAAGUAGUGUCAGUGAAGAAAGUAAUAGCCGCCCCCAGCUACAGCAUUGGCCACGGCUCCGGAUAUGGAUAUAAUUCCGGAUAUGGUUCAGGAUAUGGCUUGGGAUAUGGUUCUGGAUACAAUUCCGGAUACAGUUCCGGCUACGGUUCUGGAUAUGGUUCCAGCUACGGCUCUGGUUGGUGG